AUGAAAAAAUAUUUAGUUUACGAAAAUAUGCAUCAUUCGUAUAUCCUGAAUAGUAUAAAAAAUGGAGAAGAAUCGGAAAAGCUAGCUGCCCUGAACGACCUUUACGAACAGCUGAACCUGUCUGCAGAUGGCGGGUUGUCCGUUUCCCAGAUGGAGGAAUACAUCAACGUACUGAUCCACGUGAUUAAUAAGCCCCACUUGAAUUACAACAAUGCAUAUGGAAGGAACAGCAACAGUGGUAAUGUUGGGAGUAGGAAAAGUGGCGGUAAGAAAAAGGCCAAAGGGGUGGGCAGUGCCAAAAGUAUCGACGCAGAGAAAAUUAAGGACACGGUGGAUAGCGGGUUGAACAGCUUCUUUAAGAUAAUACAGGAGCGCAUAGGGGUUUACGCGUCCGAUUUUGAUGAAGAAGGGGAGGAGGAAGAAGAUGAAGAAGAAGUUGACGACGAUGAAGAAGAUGAAGAGCAGGAAGAGGGUCAAGAGAAUGAGGAGGAUGAUGAAGAUUAUGAUGAGGAAGAAGAGAUCCUGGACGACGAUGAGGUACAGGAGGUAGACAACGUUGGGGAGGCUGGCGAAGCUAGCGGAGAUGACAACGAAUUUGCUCUUAGCGAUGGCAAUGCAAGGGGGAAAAAGAAGAAGAAACGGAAAGACGCAGCCAAAGGGGACAAGCGCAAGGGAAGCAAUAAAAGCAACAACGAAAGCACAAAAAAGCGCGCUAGUGAACGUGGCAAUAAACGGGCCAGUAGACGAGCCAGUCAGCGCAACAGUCACCGAUUAAAUCAGCGCACUAACAAAGAAACCAAGCGGGAAAAGGCUAAAGGUGCCAAGCCAAAGGGGGAAGAAACGAAAAAGAAAGCAAGCAACAGAGGAGUGAAAAAAGAAAUAAUAAUAAACUCGGAAGAUGAAAGCAUUGACUUCUUCUCCUACUCCAGCAAUUCGAGUGACCCAUCCAGUCUAUCAAGUGAAUCAAGUGUCACAGAAGAAAAUGAAAAAAUGUUUCUGAACGAUGCAUGCGCAAUAGAUGUAAAAUAUAUUAACAUUAUUUACACGGCCACGUGCUGUAUAUAUGCAAUUUUGGAUAUAUACCCUCAGACCAUAAGAUAUGUAAUUAACAACAAAGACGGGAUAAACAUCCUAAACAGAAAACUGAACGAUAUUGAAUACAUCGAUGUAGCGGAAGUAAUUUUAAAAAUUUUCGAAAAAUUAGUAGAGAAAGAUCCUAUGCUUAUUUUGAAAAAGAAAAGUAUAAAAUACAUGUUGAUGCAUAUAGACUUCUACAAUGUGAACAUCCAGAAAAAAAUUUUCUUCUGUAUCAUCCAGAUGAUUAACAAUAUCAGCAAACAUAAGCACAUAACGAAAUAUAUAACGCCCUAUUGUUCCAUUUUUACAAAUUUUUUUCACUUCCAUUAUAUUCAUAUAUUAAAUAUUAUAUGCACCCUUUGGAGGUCACUACUUGACAAAAUGAUCACCGUUCGGUUGGAGGAAGAGAACAAACUGAGGAGGAAAGUUAGACGUUCCGUCACGGACAGUAGUGGAGGUGUAAAAGGGGGGGGCUCCUUGGGGCGUAAAGGAGACUCCAAGGAAGCCUCUUACCUUAGUAAGCUGAUGCAGAAGACUGAUAAAAGGAAGAAAAAAAAACACGAAAAGGAGGGUGCCUCGUCUGCAAAGGGAAAAGGCAAACUGAAGGAGUUAACUGGUACCCCCUUUGUUAAAAGCGGAAGGGCGAGGAAACAAACGGGAGAUGAACCCCUUGAAGGGGAAGUGAUCGAAAUAUCGGAUGAAGAACAAACGAGUGACUUUCACAAGAAAAGAAGCAACGACACCGGGGAUGACACUAACUGUGAACACCGGGGUGGAGGGAAGUCAAAGAAGGAAAGCUCAACUAAUAAGAAGAGCAAGAAGAAGCCAAAAAAUCGCAUGAAGGGAAAAGCGGAUGAUGGUGAGGACGCUGACGAAGCUGGGGAAGUGCCCCAGAUUGUCGAAGUUGGAGAGAGUAGCGAUGGUGAAGAGAAUGAUCAGGUAGAUGAAGAAGACAGAAGGGGAAAACCAAAGGGAGAGGUUCAAAAGAGGAGCAAGUUAAAGAAGGAUAGUAACAAUAAGGGCCAGGAAAGAAGUAGAAGAGGAGCCAAGAGGGAGCAGAUAAAGGACGAAGAUGUGUACAUUUUGGAUGACCAAUUAUCCGACAGCACCAAUUGCAAAAAUAGCAAGUCGAACGAGAACGUCAGUUUUUUGAGUUCCUUUUUGAAAAACUAUGACCCUGUUAGCGGAUCAAAGGGUAGAAGUUCGAAGAAGGCUGCGAGGGAAACCACCUCCCAUGGCGCGGAAGAAGGGGUGAAAGAUUCCCCCAAAUUAGAAGGCACAUCCCCAGGCAAGGAGGAAGCGAAGAAUCGCACCUAUGUGUACCACGAAAACAAGCUGCUUCAGCAUAUUAUCCAUCUGAACAGCAACGAAAGUACCCACUUAAAGCUCUGCGCGGAGAUCGAAAGUAUAUACAGCAUUAACAUUCGAAAUAAUAUUAUUAAGUUGCUGAUAGAGUGCAAAAUUGAGGAUAAUUUAUACGCCUUUAUGGAGACUUUUUACAUCAUAUCUAUUUUGGUUAAUUACAGUGAUAGUAUACUGGAGGAUUUUUGCAACAGUGAAUUUUUGGCAAAGUUCAGCGAGAUCUUUCAAAAUGAGAAGUACCAGAGUAAUAACUUUUUAACCCUGUACCUUUUGUUUACAUUGUACUCCUUUUUGCCCAUGUGCACGUUCAACGGGUUGGUGAUUUACGACUACGAUAUGGGGACGAACCUAAGUGGUAAGUCGUUCAUGAAUCAAGGGAAACCCCAAGGAGGAGAUGCAGAAGAGGGCAAGAACAGCGGCACCGGCGGAAUGAACAACGUUGAGGUAGAUUCGAGUGACGAUGGUUUCUUCCCUCGUGAAACCCCCAGCGGUGAAUACAUGCCGAACACCUUUCCCGUUGACGUGAGGAAGCACAAGCUAGAUUUUUACAGAAACCAUUUUAACCACCUGGCAACCCUAAUAAAGGUGAUCAUACCGGGUGUAUACAGAAUAUACUCGGAAACCGUCUAUUACGACAUCAAGUAUUUGUGCGUAGUUAUCACACUCUCUGUCUUCAUUUCGAUGUAUAAAAUAUCGUUGACCCUGAGUGACAGUGCGGAGUUUGUCAGCUGCCUUGAGUAUAUGUUCCUGUACCACAAAGAAACGUGUGCCUUUAUCAGGAACCUCGUUUUGAAUAACCUGUCCGAGUCGUCCAUAAUUAGUGGCAUUAUCAUAUGUAGAAUUGUGGAGCACUUUUCAGCACUCAUUGGGACCAAUUCGGUGUUCGCGUCUGUGAAGGGCGAAAAUGCAGCUUGUGUUGAUAGCAACGGCUAUGCGCUUAGUCAGGGCACUACCCAUGUGCUGUCCCCGUUAUCCUACGACCAAGGAUCCAACUUACAUGUGCUGAACAACAUCAUUAGCAAAAUUUUGGAAAAAAAAGUGGGCGAAAUGUGCCCUACCAGUGGGAAUGACUACAUGUGUGGCAACAAAGAAAUCUACAAUAUUAUGUUCUGCUACUUUUACGAGCUGUACAAGGGAAAAACAGGCACUUGUGAUGGUAUUGGAAAGGGCCGCUGUGAGAAGGGCAACUUCCUAUUCUUCAAUUGGGAAAGAGAAAUGAAGAAUAUUUCCCUCGAAUUUGAGGUGAUCUUUUUGAACUACCAGAAUGUGAAAUUAGCAAAGGAGAAAAACAAGAUGGAGAAUGGCGGCCAACCGAUACGUUUAAGUCACCUGAUUGUUGACGAGCGCACAUGCUACAAUGGCAUCGUUUUGAGUUACUGCUAUUUGGUUAAUCUGUUUGGUCAUCUGUCCUCCAUGGGGGAAGACGCUUCCAUCUAUUUCUACCAGUACAAUGUGGCAAAGCGCCUGUAUUUUUUUUUGUUCCAAAAAUUGUUUUAUCAGGAUGGGCAAAGUAAAAUGGGGAAGAAAGGGAAUGACGACUUGCGCUUUGGGGACAGUUCCCUCUCAUGCGCCCACAUCAACCGGAGAAACGUUCUGAAUUUGCUAAAAAGCAUCGAUAGAAAUGUUAGGCUGUACAUCUUUUUAUACGCCUUACUCUUUGGCAACCAUAACAAAAGGGGUGAAGUGGUACAGGGGUUAUUUUUGAACAGCGUGAAAACCUUGUAUGGGAUAUUUUACCAACUGGGGGGAGACCAAGUGAUAGACGAUAUUGACGAAGUGCAACUGGAUAAAAUCAAGGCAGUAGUGACGGAUAUUUUCGACUCCUACCACUAUUAUCUAAUUAUGAAUAAUCUAUCCUUUACAAAGUGUUCUCUACUCAUUCGGUUGACAAGGGAGUGCCUAAACGUGCAUGACAAUUUACCGAUCUACUUUUUCAAAGAGAGUUGGAACGCUUCUAAUGGGAGCAGGAACUAUGGUGCUGCGAAAAACGGUCAGGCCGGAAUCGUACCUUUAGAAAAACCAGACUUUUCUUAUCACCGGGGAAGUAGUAGCGUGGAUUCCUGGAUCAAACACUAUGAUGAUUUCCCUUCGCUAAAAAGCGAAAACCUGAAUUCGCUGUUUAUCCCCAAGUACAGGAAGAACAACACUGAUGCUUUUAUUAAAUCUCUCAAGCAGAGAAGGAAGAAGGGGAAAGACGAGGAGAACGUUGGGGCUAGUGGUAAAGGUAGCUUUACCGAAUUUGCUGAUCAGAAGAAGAAAAAAAAUGCGGAUUCGUCACAUUGCAAGGAAGGCGCAGUAGGCGAUGCUGCUGCGGAGGGGGUACUGACAAAUGAAGGGAGCGGUAAGGUGGAGAAGGUCCAGCGGGAGGACGACGAGGGGGAUCAGGAGGAGGUCGAUUUUGACGUGAGUUGCGAAAAGGUGCGCAUAAUAAAGAACAUCGAGAGGGAGUUUCAGAUGGGCCAAGCAGAUGAGGCGGACGACACACACAACGCAGGUAGGGAACGCCCCUCCAGAGAAGCAAACCGGGGCAACCCCGCCAUACCAAUCAUCGACGUCUUAAAGGAGAUCUCCAAAGGAGUGGAAAUAAUAAGGGAAAAGGAUCCUCACGAAGCGAAGGAACAAAGAGUGGGAAAUGCCGACCAUGUUGACAGCAACGCAACAGGAGAAGGAAUGGUGGACAAAGCCUCCUCUAUUUUUAGCGACAAGGCAAAUAAGGAAAAGAAAAAAAAAAGCAACAAAUUGAAUGAAAGCAGGAAGGGACACAAUAGUCUAUUCGAUUAUUUCACAGGAAGCAAUUACAAACAUUUUGACUAUAUCCCGAAGGAUUCAUUUUACGAAAAUUUAUUUUACGAUAAUAAUGACAGCACAGCAUUUGAUAAAAAGAAAAAUAGGAGCAUAUAUAAUAACUACAACUGUCACUUCCCUGUGCAUUUGAGGAGAAACGGUCUCUACGUGGAUAACGUAUCGAUUUUUAGUUCCCUCGGUGAAGGCUUGCCCAUCUCGCUCAGCUUGGAAAAGAUGAAUCUGGGCUCUCCCGAAGCGAGCGCAGAAAGUGAAGCAAAUGAAUCCACGGCAUUGAACGAGGUAACUUCGCAUGGAGGGCAACAUUUAUCUGAAUGUAGAGUUACCAAGGAUGAGGGCGCAAAUUCCAGGAAGGAAAACAUAGAUGUUGAAGUCAUAAAUGAUGAGACGAAGCAACUCAGCGCGAGCAUCGGAGGAGGAAGCUCAAAAUUGCAAAGAAGCCCCAGAGGCGUAGUCCCCAACAGAAAUGCCUACACCAAGGACCUUACCCACAGACUGCUCUUCUUCGGAAGGAACUACCAAGAUAAGCCAAAGAACCUACAUGCAACCUUCAGCAUAUUUGAUUCGCUUAAUAAGAUAGAAAACUACGUAAAGAAAAAUCUAAACAGGAGCAACAAAAAUGCCAAUGCAAAGUACUACUCGAAGGAGGAAGACUUGGUUGUCCUGUCAGUGAACGGUAUCGAUAUACACAACGAUUCCUGCCUUUCCGAGUAUCUGAUAAAGCUGAACGAUCUGUAUUAUAUGAAGAGAAAUUCAGCUUGUUUGAAUGAGGAAAAUAUUUUUUACAACACGGAUAAUUUUUACGUGUACAACGAUAUUGUAGAGUUACUUCCUAUAAAUUGUGGGCAAAUGAAAAGUCAAAUAAGGUACCUAUGGAAUGGGCAUGGAAAUGGAAGCUCCGCUUCGGAGAAUUAUUCCCUUGGUGGUUGCUUCUACACGGGUGAUGGUUAUCCCCCUCACAGCGGAAACAACACACAUAGUAUAAAUUUCAAAGUGAUUAAAAAGAGAAAACAGAAUGAACCUUCUUGCUUGAAUUUCUUGCCCGAUGAUUUUAGCGGUAAAGGCAAUAUACACAUUGUGUCCAAGAAAAAGAAAACGAACAACAGUGCAGCUGAGCUGAGUGAGGAAACGAGAAGGAAGUUAUGCGAAAGGAGAGAAAACCAGGACGACCUUCACAGUUAUGUAGAUCCCAUUACCUUUAGGAAAAUCAAGUCCAGCAUUGAAACCCCCUUAAACUGUAGAAUUGUUAGCGAUAAAUUUAAUGUUUUUAACAUUUCCUUUGACUUGGUUAAGAAUUUGUACAACGCGGAUGAUUUGCGAGGUGGUGCAGACAAUGCGGAUAUUGCGGAAAACGGUGGGUUGGGGGAACCCUCCAAGAAAAGCUUCUUCCGCAUGUUGAAAGGGGACCCUACUGAGGAUGCGAAGAAGAGGGAACAAUUGACGCACGAAGCGCAGGAGGACGGUUUGGAAAUGAAGGGGAAGUUGAGCAACGAUGCAACUGCUGGUGUAAGUGCAAAUAACGUGGACCUCACAGAUGGACACUACUACGAGGAUGAGUAUGAUGUGGAUCGGAUGAUGUCCUACGGGAAGGACCUCUCAGAAGGGGAAGAUAAACCCUCCUUCUUGAUAGACUACCUGAAGGAGAACUAUCAGGAGAAGGAGUUGAAUUUAUUCCUAUCGCAGAGAAAUUGCGUGGAGAGCGAUUCGAUGUACCUUUCCACUUUUUUAAAAACCGAAAUGAGGAAGGUGACUGAGCUGGUUUUCUUGGACGAUCAUUACAUUAAUAAGGACGUGAUGUUGAGCACGCAUCUACACAGCAUUCACUUUUUAGUGCAUCAAGGGGAGGAUGACAUGAAGGAGAGUAAUUCAUCGCGAAGGGAAAGCCUCGUUGAUAAAAUUCAUAGGAUCAGGGAGAGGGAAAGGUCCCUAUAUGUGAAGCACCGCAGGGGUGAAACUACCAGCCAGGACACCAUAAUAGGGGGACAUGUAAAAGAGAGUAAUCACCAGAAUGGCAUUAUCCCCAGUGGGGAAGACCAGUACCUCCUAUUUAACUAUAUGCCUAUGUACAGCGAAAUUGUGAGAAAAAACCAUGUUUCUUCCCGCUCGACGGCACGGGGUUGUGGAUCUCGAAAGGAAGAUCAACUUGCCCGCAAAAUGAGCAGUCGUUCAGGCCAAUCGGUGAAGGGAAAAUGUCGAAAAACACGAGACGAAGAUAAGGAUAUUUUCCUACAGAACAUAUACAAUUUUAUGUUUUUCAAGUUUCUCUACUUGCUGUGCAGGCAUUUUAAUAUGUGUGACAUUCCAUCGUUACUGACUUUUUACGUGAAUAACAAGGCCCGGGAUAAUUCCAUGUUUAAAGUGGGGGAUGUCGAAUUGACUGGCAACAGCAUGUUAAACGAGGAAACGAUAAAGGAGAUGAAUAGCCUGAUGGAGGAAACGUUCUUAGAAAAGGCAGCGAAUGGAGAAAGAAGUCCCGCAGUGGGAAUAAAAGAUAUAAAGAAAAAGUGCUUCAUCCUGAACAGUAUUAACAACAAGGUGAUGUACUACCUGAAUAAUCCUCUCUUCCUCUUCAGUGAAAAGAUCCCAUCAUGGGUAUAUAAAAUUUUUUACCUCUUUAAUUUUGUGGUGGACAUUGACAUAAGGCUAUUAUUUUUUGAGAUAGUUUACUUUGGAAAUUAUAGAGGCUUAUAUAAUUACAAGCAGAAGAUAAAAGAAGUGGUGGAAAAGUUCAACGACAAAAUAAGUUUCGGUAAUAAGUCCCUAACGGAGGAGCAUCUACUUUCUGUGUGCGCAAAUUAUACAUAUAACUGUGAUAAAAAAAAGCUGUUUAAUUUUUUGUCCGAUAAUACAACUUUAACCUUACCAAGGACGAAGAUUAAAUUGCACAGAAACAAGAUGGUAGACUCUUCCUUUCGUAUAUUUAAUCAUAUGCAUUUUAUCAAUUCAAAUUUUAUUACUCCAUCAUAUUUGGAUAUAGAGUUUUUCAAUGAGGAGGGCACAGGGUUGGGGCCUUCCCUAGAAUUCUACAAUGAAGUGAUAGAGGAGUUAAAGAAGGAAAAAUUGAAGCUGUUCAAAUUGGAGGACACUUACUUGUUUCCUCUUUCCUACAAAAUUGACUUAAAUAAUUUCGACUUUAAUUUAUUGAAGAAGCCAAAAAAUUCGGAGCUGAUGGGGCUGAAUAGCGGAUCGAGCAGUGCAAGCAACAUAAAUGGAGGUGCACACAGUGGAGGAAACAAUUACUACACAUAUGCCAGCCACCUUGGCAGCGUCGGUAACAAGGGGUACCAUUUGCAAAAUGCUAACCCAAGUCACUCAUCGUCCUCAUCACUUAACAAACGCAUAAAUGUGAUUAGCGAAGGGGCAAACGGAAGCAGUUACCACUCGGUGAACAGCCUAAUUAACCAUUUUCUCUACUCCAUGAAUUCGAAUGUGUUUACCAGUGAAGGUAACAGCUUCGGGAAGUACGAAGACCUGUCCGAAAUGGAAUUCUUGGGGAACAAGUUGAAGUACAAAAAGGGGAAGAAGUAUUCUGAGAAUGUUAAAAAGGGUGGUAAAAAGAAUGAGAGUAAGAAAAAGAAUAAUGCAGCUACCGGGGGGGACGCAACCAACGCAGGCAGUCCUAGCAGCAGCAGCAGGAGGAACAAGAAAAAAAAUGAACAGGAAAAAGCUACAAGUGAGAGGAACAAAAAGGGCGACGACCAAUUAUUCACCGACAGUGACGUAACCAAGGGGAGAAACAAACAGAAGAAGAAGUACCUGAACAAAUAUGAUGUUGAUGAAGAGGAGGACGACUACAAUGAUGAUUAUGAUGAUGAGGUGGAGGAGGAGGGUGAUACCCUUGGGGACAACAACACCUAUGGUGAGAGUCACCGCAGCGACAAGGCUAACUCCAGUGUAAAGAAAACCACCCCCGCAACGAGCAGCGCAUGUUCGUACAAAAAGAACACCACAUUUGACGUCAGAAUGGAGAGCAUAAUUAAAUUGGGGGAAGAGGAAUAUAUUAACUCUGAGAAAAAUAAAAAGAAAAGGAUUAGGUGUUACGUAGGCUCGAGUGAGAAGCAGGACGAGGAGAGUAAGAAGAAGAGCCUGAUGAGUGAGAGGAAGGUGGUAGAUACGAAGGGUGGAUCACCACUGGUGGAAGGUUCAGAAAGCGUGCAAAUGAAGCAAGAGCGGGGAGACGUUGCGGAGGAAGUAAACCAGGGCAUUGAAACAAUUGCCCCCCUUGCGGAUACGCCGAGUAGCACAGCCAAGACAGGUACACAAGCACAACGUGCUGCCGCCCAAUCGGAGGAAGAAAAAAAGUCCGAUUCGGCAGACGAAACGGAAAAUACGCGAAAGAGCAAUUUGAAGAAAAAGAAAACGGAUAAGAGGCCGGGAAGCAAGAAACCCCAUGCGUCUAAAUUUAGCGAAAUAAAAGAUUCUCCAGUCGGUGCGGCGUCAAACAAAUCGAUGAGCGUGUCAGAUGUAGCGAGCAGCUCCAGGAACGUAAGCAACGUGUCGGUAAAGGAGGAGAAAGCUGAGAGGCACUGCUGCAAGUUGUUGGACAAGGGUGUAGAAGGUAAGGAAGACGGGGCGAAAAAAACAAAACUCGAUAAAACGAAUAAGCAGGAGGAUACCAAAAUUGUAAAAAGUGAAAACAGCAAAAAGAAAUAUCUCCUCUCUGACGAUGUUGAACAAGAAGAAGUUACUGACAACGAGAAAAAGGAGACCAGCGAAAUGGAGAACAAAAAUGUGCACGUCAAACGAUAUAAGCUAUUUACUAAAGAUUUUGAGGAGCAUUUUAUGAAGGAAGAUAAUGAUAUGGAGGUAAGGAGACAGCAAGAGGCACGAAGAAAAAUGAACCUAAACGAUGAAGCCAACAUAUCCCGAUCAGUAGCGCAAAAUAUUAUCAGUUCACUAAUAAGCGAAAUGGAAAACAAAUCGUCCUCACAGGGGAUUAAUUUAAAGACAUCAAAUGAAGCAAAUGAAAAGGUAAAGGAGGAUUCUGCUCAGAACAAGGGUAAUAAUGAUGAGCCAAGCAAACCGAUCGUCAGCAAUAUGAGCAAAAAGUUGAAUGAAAACUUUCAAAAGAAAUUGCAAGAAAAGAGCAGAAAGAAGGUGACCAAUAUUGAACAAGACACUCUUGAAAAUAGACUCUUUAAGUACUUCAAAUUGUUGGGUCAGUUGUGUGCAAAAAUUUUAACAGACAAUAGGAACGUAAAUGUUAAUCUGCACCCCCUGUUUUGGUACCUGGUUAUGAACAACUCCGGAUAUGUCAACAUCUCUAAGUUUCAGCACUAUCAAGCGAUCGACCGAGUCAACAUGAGCAGCAUAAAUAAACUGCUGGAGUAUCGAAAGGAAAACAAAAAUGUUGAAGAUUUGAUGCUCGAUUUUACCCUAUUAGGGAGCGACCCACCCGUUGAGCUAAUCCCGAACGGAGCCAACAUUGCAGUGAACAACGAAAACCUGGACCUGUUCAUAAAUAAAACCAUCGAGUAUUCCCUGUAUGAGGGGAUAAAGUUUCAGAUAUGGGCCUUCCGCUUCGGCUUCAGCACGAUCGCCCCCCUUUUGUGCACGAACAUAUUUGACGAAGAGGAAAUUUGCGAAUACCUUUUCGGCAGCAAUAUCGAGAAUGACGAACACUGGACGAAGCUGCACCUGUCAACGUAUAUUAAGCCAGACCAUGGGUACACCAACGACUCUGUUACAUUUAUCACCCUGAUCGAAAUAUUGUCGGAGUUCAACAAGGAAGAGAGGAAGCUGUUUGUUAAGUUUUGCACCGGAACGUCCGCCUUGCCGAAUAAAGGAUUUGCAGCUUUGAAGCCUCUCAUGAAAGUUGUGAAAAAGGAAGACAAUAACGAUUUGCCCAGUGUGAUGACCUGCACCAACUACUUAAAAAUUCCCGAUUAUAAAAAUAAAGAAAAGCUCAGGAACAGAUUAUUGUACGCCAUUAAUGAAGAACUGAGUUCCCAAUGUAGUAUUCUUCACAAGGUGCGCAUUUUGCAAGAUCUUGUGGUUCAAAGUAGCAACCCUGAAUGA